AGUGGAACUGUUUGAAACUUUUUUGGUCCACAAAGCUGAACGAAGUCAACCGAUAUGACUCCUCUUCAGUUGGAAUCCACCUUAGAAUGCAUGAAUGGAAAUCUGCCGUCGUGGAUCCAGCCAACAAACGGAAUGAGAGAGAAAGAGAGGAAAUAAUCAAAAUACUAUCACAGGGAAAAUCAUUAAAUUGCGAGCGUUGUGAGGAGUCGCAGCCAUUUAAUACGCGAAGGUCUAUAGACUGAAGCUUUUGUUGCAACAAAGGGAAUAACUUCACCGUGCUUCAGUUACGAAGAUUUUGUUUUAUUUUUCACAGUGCAAGCCUCCCUCUGUCUUGAGUGAACCCAAAGCUUACAAGCUCACUUCAGAUAACGAAGUGAAUCGUUUUCAUCGUUUUGUUCAAAGUCAGCAAGAAAUUACAUAUCGGUCAAUAGCAUCAAUAAGUGUGGGUCAUCGAUGGCUUUUCCCUCUGAGGCUGAAGGCAUCGUUUGGUGCAGUAUUUUUACAUUAGCAUCCGCCUUGAUUGUCAUUGGAAAUCUAUUGACUAUUAUCCUCUUUACAGCAAACAAAAGACUUCGUAAGAAAAGUUUGGUUCUUGUCAUCAACAUGGCGGUUGCUGAUCUGAUGUUGGGAGCUGUAUCUCUACCCCUUUACAUUUACUUGGUUGGUAUAUCCGAUUAUCAGCUUUGGACUGAAACUCUGGACCUGAAUGUUCCCUUUUUAAUCGCUGAUAUCCUUGCAACGAAAGCGUCAUUAAUAUCUGCAACCUUCAUUUCUUGUGAGAGGUUUUACGCUAUAUAUUGGCCGUUUAAACACCGAACAUUAACGACUCGAACAUACUAUAUUGUAAUUUUCAUAGUCUGGACUUUAGCUCUCCUUAAUACUUGCAUAUUUCAAAUGUCCAGCCUGCGAAAACUUUUUCCCUAUAUUUUGUUGUCACUCGGUUCGACCUCAGCGAUUAUCAUAUGCGGUUGUAACAUCGCUAUCUGGAGAAAGUUUCAACUUCAAGGAAUUGUCGCAGGCUUGCAACAUCAAAACAGGGACUUACAAAAUAAACGCCUGACAAAGAUUCUAUUGUUUGUUUCUGUCCUUGCAUUACUAUGUUGGCUUCCUUAUAUUAUUGUUACCAGUUUAAUUUUACUAUUAGAUUCCAACUUUAUGAUGUCGUGGAGAUGUCUUGUUAUAAUCGACUUUGUUAAUUAUGCCAACGCAUUUGUAAAUCCAGCUGUGUAUACACUGAGAAUACCACAGUUUCGACAAGCUUUAUCUCGGUGCUGUUUGGUCAAGCGAGCUGUGGUGAACAGCGAAAAUUCUGCAACUGGCCAGGGGGAUGAAGCGUCCUCAAGGGCGCCGAUAUCACUUAUAACGUUACAAACUGAGCCUGGACGUGACCUGCAACCACUGAAGAAUGAGGAAAUUAUGGAAACCAAAGUGUGAUCAACCAAAAAUUAAAAACAGAGUUAAAAUGUGCAAGAGAAUAUAAGCUAUAUAUUCUCUUUAAAUAAGUCAUUUUAAAAUUGCCUCAGUGCUUUGUAAUCUAACCGUGUGCAUGAGUUCUUAAGAGAUCAGAGAAAGGCUUAUCUAGAGAAUCUGACCAUGAUUAACAAACCUCAUUUUAUUUUGUGCCUUUUUUUCGUAAGGUGAAUUUAAUUCACGGAAAAAAUAGUGGAGUAGCAUACUCAUUUUAAAGAGCCAGCUUUUUCGAUUGCUGAUCGAGCUCGUUGGUAUACUGGCGCUUCUAAGAACUUUGGCUACUAGCAGCUGCCUAUGCUGAGUAAGGCCCGCAGUUAUUUCGGGUCAGCGUCAACUCUUACAGAGAUUAUCAUCUCUUAUCAUGUGAAUCAUAAAGAUUCGCGAAUGGAGAAGGAAUCAAAACUUAACUAUAGCACGCUCCUAUGACUUAUAAAAUAUAAAUCUCACAUGGCUUUUUCAAUCCUUGUUAUGUUUCUUGAUUAGGGCUUUUAUACUUCGUAGUGAAAAUCAGUGAGAUAUUUUCAAUUGCCUAAGUAAUCAACGAACA